AGGAUAUUUUAAUGAGCACGUCCAAGAAGCCGGUACAAGUCCUCUUCCCCUCCAGUGACGGUUUGAAGCGACGCAAAUCGAGUCAAGACGAGGGCAGCUCUGUACCAGAGAGACGGGUAAAGGUGGACAGGAAGCUGCACAGAGCUGAGGCUAACCGGGACCAGAAAACCACUGAUUCAACUAACGAGAUGAUUAGCAAUCAAAAAGCUGUUUCUGGCAGAACGAGGUGCAAACGUCAGAGUCCAGGUGCAGAGAAAAGUUCGGGUUCGGACGCCGGUCCAAAGAAACGACGUGAACCUGAGAGGUCAUCAAAGAAACAAACACAGAACGCCACCAGGCCGUCAAGAACAUCAAAAACCAUCACAAAUCCUCAUGAGUCUCUUCCAGUUCGCAAUAACGCAUCAAACCGAUUGUCGUGCGAUUACGAGUUGCGGAACACCAGAAGGAGACGAGCGAAUGCUGGGCGCGGUGCGAAAGGUUUGACGAGUUCUGUCAAAUCGGAGCCGGAUGAUGAGGUUUCAUCCAGCCAGUCCCCAGAAGCUCUGAAGGAGAAAAAGAAAAGCAGAGCAGCGAGAAAGAGGGAAGAGGUGCAGAAGAAGAAGGAAGAGAGCAGGAGUAGCAAGGCGCCACCACCGGCGACGGCGACGGAGCCCGGGAGGAAACGGCAACAAAACAAAGGUGGCACUGUUGUUCCGCACGAGAAAGACAGAGACGAGUGGACGGAGGACGAGAUCCUGAAACUGCAGGAGGUAGUGAGCUGCUAUCCCAGACACGUAGUGGGUUACUGGGCGAAGGUAGCGAGGAUGGUGGGGACACGUUCAGCUGAAGAGUGCUUCGAGCAGCACACCUCCCAGGGAAACACCCAGAGUCCCAAGAAAAGCACCAAGAACUGCAAAAAGGUGAAGGAAGUGGCGGCAAAACCUGCAGAGAUUCCUGUGAUAUCUGCCAGAGUCGGGACGCUUAAGAGGAUUAAGCAGGUGCGGCAGUUCCUGGAGAAUCUGCCCGGAGAAGAAGUGGACGAUGCUUUCAGCUCGGCCUACAUGCAGAAUAAACGCAUGGAGAUCCCCUCCUUGUGUUCGAGUGAAGAUCACGAUUUUGCGAUAUCAGACCUGGAGCCUCAGACGCCGAUGUCGUCGUGUUUCCCUGCGGCGAAGACGCCUCAGUGUUCGCACAUAACUCCUGGCAUGCUCGGCUCUCCAAACACGAAAAAUGACGACAAGUACAUCUUCCAGCUACAGAAGAGGAUAAAGAAGAAUCAAUUUAAUGUCUGCAAAACCUCGUCUUCUAAAACGAGGUUCUUACCCACACCUUCCACUAAGCGAACUGUACAAAGAUGCUCUAACACAGGAAAGGACGCGUCUUUUGUGUUUGAGAUGUCCUCCGGCGAUGAUGGCAAUAUUUCCGAAAGCGAUGAGGAGGAAGACUUUUACUUCUCAGACAACUGAGUUGGACUCAUGGGAUAAAUGUACAAAUAUCUCAAGAUUUUUAGUUGAAAUUCUUUUCAGGAAACUCAGAAAAUCACAGUGAAGGAGUAACGUUCAACCUUCUGAGGUUUUUCUUAGGAAAUGCAGCGAGUUGGACGUUUAAACACACUUCUGUUGCUGGUUAUGACCUGAAAAGUGAUACUCUGGGCAUCCUAUGAACUUCUGUAAAUCUGUUGUUUCUUUAAAAUCGUUCAAAGAACUCUUUGUAAUUACAUUUUUGAAUAAACCUUUUUUUAUUCUUUCACUA